AUGUCCACGGACUCGAAGGUUUCCGGUUUGCGAUUCACAUUAUGUACAGAAGACGAUGACGACAUUAUUUGUAUAGAUCAGAAGCAGUCACUCUUUGCACAGGCUUUUGCUGCUUUAAACGAGUUACGUUGCAAUGGACAACUUUGUGACAUUGUUCUAGUCGUGGAGGGACGGAAAAUCAGCGCACAUAGGGUAGUCUUAGCUGCUUCUAUACCAUACUUUCGAGUGAUGUUUACCACUGAGAUGCUAGAAGCGAAUCAGACAGAGAUUGUUCUACAAGAUCUUGACUACGAUACUUUGGAACAACUGGUUUCAUUCGCUUAUUGCGGAGAACUUCGAAUAUCUGCCGGGAAUGUCCAAUCAGUUAUGAUUGGAGCUAAUUUUCUUCAGCUAGACGGCGUUGCGGAAAAAUGUGCUGAAUACCUGCAAACACGAUUGCACACUUCGAAUGUUUUGGCAAUGCGGGCUUUCUGUUCUGCACUAGGGUGCAGAGCUGUUGUCGCUGCGGCGGAUCGUUUUGUACAGAAGCAUUUCAUGUCUGUAAGCCGCUGUGAUGAAUUUCUGCAACUUACCGUAGAUGACGUAGUUGAGUUGUUGUGCAUGGAUGGACUGUACGUGGAAUCCGAGGAAGCAGUGUUUGAAGCAGCUUUUCGAUGGAUUCAACAUGACCGGGAAAAGAGGAGGAAGUACGCAUCGAGACUUCUUGCAUGUGUACGUCUUCCGCUCCUCAAGCCAUCAUUUUUGGCGGAUGAAGUAGCAAGUCAUCAGCUGAUACGAGGAGAUCUUGCCUGUAGAGAUUUGGUUGAUGAAGCUAAGGACUAUCACCUUAUCCCUGAACGAAGACCAUACCUGCGAUCCUUUCGGACAAAGGCUCGAUGUUGUAAUGAUGUCCCCGGUUUGAUGUUUGCUAUAGGCGGAUUGUCAACCGGUGGCGAUUCACUUUCCACUGUAGAAAUGUAUGAUCCACUUACGAGAAGAUGGACUCCUGUCAAAUCGAUGACAAGUUUUCGUUCCAGGGUUGGCAUAGCAGUGCAUGAUCGUAAAAUAUAUGCUAUUGGUGGCUUCAAUGGACAUGAUCGGUUAAAGAUAGUGGAAUCUUAUGACUAUAACAAGAACGAAUGGACUCCGGUUGCUUCCUUGGCAAAAAAGCGGUCAGCGUUGGCAGCAGCCUUUUUUAAUGGAAAGCUCUAUGUUUGUGGAGGUUACGAUGGGAUUACAAGUCUGGCUACAGUGGAGGUUUACUGCCCGGAGAAAAACACUUGGGAGUUGGGAGAAUCGAUGACCAAACAGCGGAGUGCAGCCGGAGUAGCUGUGCUUGAUGGAUAUCUCUAUGUGAUGGGUGGUCAUGAUGGAAUGUCUAUUUUUUCGUCAGUGGAACGGUUUUCGCCCGAAAAAGGUCAAUGGGAGGCAGUCCCUUCUAUGUUGUCAAAACGUUGUCGACUGGGUGCGACGACCUUAAAUGGCAAAAUAUACGUCUGCGGAGGUUACGAUGGAGCACAAUUUCUGAACAGCGUCGAAUGUUUUGAUCCCACAACAAUGCGCUGGUCACCUGUGACUCCAAUGAAUAUUAAGCGAAGCCGAGUAUCUUUAGUAGCAAAUGCUAAUGCUAUAUACGCCAUAGCUGGAUACGAUGGUAUGUCAAAUCUUUCAUCGAUGGAGGUUUAUCGAGAGGAGACAGACCAAUGGGAAUUGGCCACACCUCUUGGAUCCCACGAAGGUGGCGUUGGUGUUGGAGUGAUCCCAAUCCCACCGAAUAUGCUUUCUGGUUAG